GAGGGAAGUCGUGUAAUCUCGCGAGAGUUCAUCAGGCAGCGGUAAUCAUGGAGGACUCCGGACGCAAGUGGGACCGGUGUGUGUCGGACAGCGCGGUCAAGACAGUGUUGGGGUUGGGGGUUGGCGCUCUCUUCUCUGUUCUGUUCUUCAAGCGACGCUCAUGGCCUAUAGCGUUUGGAGCAGGGAUGGGGUUGGGCAUGGCGUACUCCAACUGCCAACACGACUUUAAAUCCCCAUAUCUACUACACGGACACAUGGUGAAGGAUCAGUAGGAGAACGCUGCCUCUGCGUUUCAGUUUCUUCUGUCUCCUGCUGUGUAUAUUCGUGUGUGUGAGUGUGUGUGUAUGAGGAUGUUUAUUGAAUAAACAGUUUGACAGAAAA